GAUCCACGUGUAGUGUUUAAAUGAAUUAAUGACGUUGAGAGUUUAGAUUGGAUUAUUCGAAAUUAUUUCUUACUUCGAUAUUAAGUCUGCACUAAAAACUCAAUAGCAGUCCGUUAUGAGGAGCAGUUCGUCCGUGUCUCUGGCGGGCAGUCGUGGUUCGGCCUCGGUUCGGCUGGUCAGCCCACCCGCGUGUCCGUUUGCCUUUCCGGUGGACGCUGCCGUUGAAUAUUUAAUGGUAAAGAAAGACUUUCAGGCUGCUCUGGACACAUGCGAGAAAGGGCUUGAGAGUUUGGGCUCUUCUGCAGAACAGGAGGAAAACUGCUUCAAGUAUGCAGAACUGAAAGCAGCUUUGACAAUAGUGGGGAUUCAAGCACUGGCUGAGCUCAAUCACUGGCGUGGAGUUCUGUCAUGGGUUUUGCAGCAGUAUGGAGAAACAGAGAAAAUUCCUGCCAAGAUUAUUCAAAUGUGCAUUCUACUCUAUGUGAAAGUGGGUGAACAGGCUGUAAUGAAGGAUGCGGUCUGUGAUUGGCUCCACUGCUCUGGUAACAUGACCCAAUCAGGCUUCAGCACUGUGGCUGAGCUGUAUUUUCUCCACAUACUGGUUCCGAUGGGUCACACAACUGAAGCUCUGGAAAUGCUGGAGAGCAAUGUGGGUCGGGUGGCAUUCAGUGAUGAACAGAUACAAGCAGUCUGUAGUUUAGUAGACAUUCAGAAUGAGAAAAAUGCAGCAUCGUCCAAUUCAAAUCCUGAAUCUGUAGCAGUGGUGGCAACGACUAGUGCUUCAGAACAAGAGAGAUCAAACCAGCGUCUGAAAUCUAUAAUGAGGCUGUUAUACAGAGGGCUCUCAGUAGCCAGUGUGAGAAUUAGAUCCAUCUCUCUGCACAGAGUUUUUCUGGCUUUAAUGUUGCUGUAUCUUCUUCUCGUCCGUAUAGACCCUGCUCUUCCCUCAGCUUUCCCAUGGUUGCUCCGGCUCCAUAGACUCCUUCAGCAGACGUGGAACACCAUGUUUGGACCUUAUUACAGAGCCAACAACAGAAGUUAGAGUUACUGGAGUUGAACUGUGAGAAAAUGUUGCCAUCCAAAAUUGUAGAUCCUGUGUUUGCUCAAUUUGUUGGUGAAUAUAGUUAUUUUAUAAAUAAAUCAAUGAAUUAUAUUUAAAGAUAGUGCUGAUAGCCUUUAGAGAAAUAUUUAAUGCAGAUCACAUGUAAUUUAAUUGUAUAAUAAAAUGUAUAUGUGAAUAUAUGAGUUCCUGUGCAUCUGUACUUGUUCGUGCAACUUUAGUGAA